AAAGCCACUCCCGGACUAUUAGUCUUCCAAAAUUCAUUCCCAUCUCCAUGAGAGGGCCACCGAAAGUAAAACACUGUCUGCGUGUGAGUGAGUGAGUGAGAGAGAGUGUGCGCGCGCGCGCGCGUGUUCUGAUGGGUAACCAGAGGUUUAGGCUUUCGGACAUGAUUCCAAGCGCCUGGUUUCACAAGCUCAAGGGCAUUGCCAGAACCGGAAGCCGAACCACGAACCUCGCCUCAAUGAAGAAACACUCACUCGUAUCAUCAGCUUCUACGAUUACGACGCCAUCAUCUUCAUCUUCAUCUACCGCUGCACCUGCAGCAAUCCAAACCUCAAUCCUUUCUCACCAAAGAAAGUCCAAUUACUUCGCCCGAGACCUCGCUGUCUCCCCAAAAUCCUCUGACAUCCACUUCCUUGUGGAGCCGCCCAGAAAAUCAUCCAAACAGAGACGCAGCACCGUUGGCAGAACUAGAGCCACCAUCUCUAGGCCCUCUACCAAGAUUGUCACCUCCGCCGCCUCCGCCGCUUAUUGCGGCUGCCACGCCGCCAUGGAGCCCACCUCCACGAAGCCCGCUGAUUCGACAUCCGAGGACUACCAGAAUUCUCCCCUCGAUAGCUCAUCAGAACACGAAGAUAACAAGCCAUCGAAUGCAAAAUUUGGUGGCCUUGACACAGUUUCCGACCUGGCCCUCCCUCCAAUCACAACUAAAGGAAACAAAUUGGAAGAAUCAACAGAGAAAGACAAGAAGAAGAAGAAAAUCUUGGCUAAAUUGGGGGAAGAAAAGGCUCACGAAUCUCUAUCUGCUCGGAGACUCUCCGUGAGCUCGCCGGGAGUGAGACUACGGACUAAUUCUCCGAGAAUAGCGAGCAGGAAGCUUCAGGGACAGUACGGCCUGAAAGGCGGCCAGAGAAGACCGUCGGAGAGUUUUGCGGUGGUGAAGUCCUCGGCGGAUCCGCAGAGGGAUUUCAGGGAGUCAAUGGUGGAGAUGAUACUGGAAAACAACAUCCGGGCAUCCAAAGACUUGGAGGACCUUCUUGCAUCUUAUCUUCAGCUGAAUUCGGAUGAAUAUCAUGAACUCAUUAUCAAGGUGUUCAAGCAAAUCUGGUUUGAUCUUGCAGCUAUCAGGCUGAAGUAAUCUACAUAUCCAAAGAGCAGAUCUUUUUAUCAUGUUAUCACCUUUCAAGCUGAAGUAAUUUAUUAUCACUGCAAUUUUCAAAUGGAAGCUUCUGCUUUACUCUUAUCAGUCGAGUAACUGGGGAUUAUUCUCCUUGUAUAUUUCAGAUAUUAAAUGCAGCCUGUUUAUUUAU